AUGUCUCAUUUAACUUAUUCUAGUCAAUUUGAGGCGAUCGUACCUGCUUGCAAAAUUUGCCAAGAAAAUCACGAAACAAUGGGAUCCAUCAUAUGCGCUGAAACUGAUGUUGAGCUGCUGGAUAAAAUUUACAAAAGUACCAAUGUUCGUGUUCUGCCACGUAAAGGAAUUAUUACUCCAGUGUGUGAAUAUUGCCAAUCGCGAAUCGAUGGGUUUGAUAUUUUCCAGUCGUAUGAGAGAGAAUAUUUUAUAGACGAUGUGGGCAAUAGUCAGGCUGUUGCAGGUGAUCCUCUAGCUGAUUGUAUCAUUCGUGAAAAUACACAUAAUGAACUUCAAAGCAAGGAUAUGAAUAACACAGCAAAUAACAAAACCCAAGAGGUAUCACUCGUAAAAGUUGGUACAUUAGAUGAUGAUUGUCAUAUAGCUACAUCUGAUUCAUCGGUUGAUGAAGAUGUGAACGAAGGAAAUCAUGAACUACAAAGAAAAUUGUCUAUUAGUAGAACAUGUAAGGUAAUCAAACAAUCAAUUGCAUGCACUAUUUGCGGCAAGCAGGUUAAAUCGAUAUCCGAGCACAUGGAGAUUCACAAUGUCGUCAAAAGGUACAAAUGCACGCUUUGUGAUAGGUCCUUCGCCCAAAGCAAUAAUCUGCGGUACCACAUGCAAAAGCACAAGGGUGAGAAGCCGUUUCAAUGCCAUGAGUGUGAUAGAAACUUUUUGACUAACUCCCAUUUAACAUCGCACCUGAAAUUCCAUUACAAUGAAAAAUCAUUUCAGUGUAAAAUUUGCUUGAAACGUUUUAAUCAUGCGGGAAAUUUAAAGAAACACAUCCGUGUGCAUUCCGGCGAGAAGCCAUUCAAAUGCGAAAUUUGCGGUCAUGCCUUCAAUAACAUUUCCAAUAAAAAAUUGCACGAACAACGACAUCGUGGCGAGCGUGACUAUGCAUGCGUGGUAUGCUUUAAAAGAUUCUACAACUCUCAUCACCUAAAACGCCAUCAAUUAGUCCAUAAUGUUAUACAUGACGCAAAUAAAUGA